AUGGUCCUCGACCACGCAAAAGGAUCAGAAAGUCGUCCAACACCGCAGAAAUCAAAGGCAUUACAGCUAUUCACUACUGGGUCUAUCGACGAACUGCCCACGGCUUAUCCGGCCAACUCCCGACUGGACGGCACAUUGGGCUUAGAACUUCAUCUGCAUUCUGAGUUCAUAGGGCCCGCCAGUUAUCAUGAACCUGAACUUUUUGAUCUGCGGCCAUCUGCCAUUUCAUCUGCUGGCCAUGAGAAAUGUUAUCCUCGACGAGUGAACCAAUCUGCCGCAUUCAUCACUUACCCAGACAAGGACUCGGCCUCCGAGAUGCAACGAAUCGCUGACCUUGAUCGCAUCGAAGAGUCCAUUCACCCGCUCGGACCGACCUUGGUGAAUCUGUAUUUCCGCAUCAUGCAUCGCACACUUCCAAAUUUGGACAAGGGUGUGUUUCUUGAAAAAUAUGCCAGAUCGUAUCGCGAGUUCUCUCCGCCACUUCUUGCUGCGGUAUACUUAGUUGCACUGGACUGGAAGCUCUUUGACCGAACUCUUGCCACUGUGUCUCGGACACCAGAUGCCGAAGCCCUGGAAAAUCUAGCGAUGCGGGCCAUGGACGAUAAUUUGAAGCGACCCAAACUCUCAACGUUACAAGCUGGACUUUUAUUAUUACAACGAAUGAGGUCCUCUCAAAGCACUCUUCCAGCCCAAGUACUAUCCCUUGGGCAAACUUUGGGUAUUCAUAUCGACUGUACUGAAUGGAAAAUCCCGGAAUGGGGGAAAGGUCUGAGACGACGUUUAGCUUGGGCACUGUACAUGCAAGACAACUGGGGCGUUAUUGUGCACGGCCGACCAUCUCUCAUUCCCGCUCAGAUUGAUGCAGACCACGAUACAAGUGACUGGGAUGUUAGCCCGUGUACACUGGACGACUUUCCAGUAGAAGCGACCGGCGAAGAGGAAAAUGAAGAUGGAGGCGUGGACGGAGCCGGGCGGGCCGCAUAUUUACAGUCCAUUAAGCUGACGAGAAUCUUCAGUCAGAUCGUUUCAACAUUUUGUUCGAUCAGUGCCACCAAAAAAGGCGGCCUGCUAGAACGGAUUGUACCUUCCGGGGCCAUGGGUCUAGCGAAACCCCUGGCGCUGGAGUUGCGCCAAUGGCACGCUACAUUGCCUACUAGCCUCCAGCUGGAAUUCACUCCUUCACUACGACUGUCGACAAACGGAGCUUUGCAUCUGUCACAUAUGGCAGCAGACCUGACCAUCCAUCGCGUGUUACUUCGUUUCGGGGGCUUUGCAGCUGCGGCACAACUGGCCUUGGUUGGAGCGUUUGCUGGUCUUCUAUGGGCGACCAGCGUUGAGAUGGAUGAAGCGGCGGGAUAUGUUGAGCAACUCAAGAAGCUUCGCUGCAUCCUCCAGAUUCGAGCUUCUGCUGCUCCAUUUGCUCGCGAGGCACUCCGUAUGCUUCACGAAGAGGUCGGUGACCUGGCCGCCGUAAAAGAAGCUACUUUCCGAGACUCAUAG